AUGGCUCAUCGGGUGAUACUUGAGGAGAUCUAUGCGGCCCAUGGACCUUGCAAGAGAGUCUCUGGCAGCCCUGAAAAACAGGUCUUUAUCAAUCCUGAAAAUAUAAAUGAAUUCUUUGCCUUGACACUCCCAAGAGUAAAUUUGUGGGCUAAGGCUAAUUGUUGA